AUGCCUGGUUUUACAGCUCCAACAAGAAGACAGGUGUUGUCUUUAUACAAGGAGUUUAUCAAGAAUGCCAAUCAGUUCAAUAAUUACAACUUCAGAGAGUACUUCUUAACUAAAACAAGGAAUACUUUUAAAAAAAACAUUAACUUGGAAGAUCCAAAGGUGCUAAUGAACCUAUUCAAGGAAGCUAAGAAUGAAUUGGGUGUUUUGAAAAGACAGUCUGUUAUUUCCCAGAUGUACACGUUUGACCGACUAGUCGUUGAACCUUUGCAAGGAAGAAAACAUUAA